AGUUAUUUACAAAAACAAAAUGCACCCUUACUACAUUAAAUUACAACAGGAAAUAACUGAAGCUUAUUUUGAAAAAAGACUAGAAUUUUGUAGUUAGGUUUUACGACAAGUUACGACAAAUAGAUUUUUUUGACUAUGUUCUAUUUGCAGAUGAAGCCAUGUUCAAUAAAAAUGAAGAUGGAUCGAAAGAAAUGGUCCAGUACAGUGGCCACCAAGGACGCCGGAUUUCAAUAAAAUGGACUCAUUUUCCUGAGGUCACAUUAAGUGAAUAAAUACCACCAACGUCGAUUAAUUACAUGAUAGAGAGAAAACGGAAUGAACUCUUGCAAUUAUCGCUUACAAACAUGCAUAGAUGUCUUUGGAAGUCAAUUCACUGUUGUUUCAUUCCUAUAAUUUACUUUGCAAAAUACUCGUUUUUAAUCAAUUAUAUGUUUUACUCAAUUUGCCAUCUUUCUUUCAGCUUCAUGAUUCCGCGCUCAUAAAAUUUCUGGUCCUUAACAGCUAAAAAAACUGAACCAGGUGCGAUUAAAGGUCAUCGUCAUUUGUGACGUUCAAAUAAUUCUACAACCUAAUAAAUAGUAAUCAGAUGGUGCCAGAUCAGGACUGUAGAGGAGAUGAGGCAUCAUUUCCCAGCCAAGCUCCAAUAGUUUCCCACGAGUUGCCAAAGAUGUGUGCACUAAACUUUUCCAAUUUGACAAUUCUGACCGUUUUUCUUUGAUUGCUUCAUCCAGUUUCAUUGUUGACAGUAAACAUCAUAAUUGAUUGUUUGAAUCCUUGGAAGUAGCUCAAAAAAUUAUUGUGUUUGUUCCAUAAUCGUUUUCGAACUAUGUUACAGUACAGGAUCCAUUUUUCAUCCCCAAUGAUGAUUUUUUCUGAGAAAGGGUCGGAUUCAUUUCGUCAUAUAGCAAAUGUUGAUUCUUUGUGUUAAAUAAAUUUUUCUCAAUUCGUAAGGUACCCAAAUAUCAAGCUUCUUAACUAGCUUGAGACAUUUUAAGUUGUGUGAGAUCUCCAACUGUUAUAUGACGAUCCUCUUCAAUUCUGACUUUGAUUUGGUCAUCACCAAAUUCAUCAACCGACCAGAACAAUGUUCAUUUUUGAGAGAAAAAUCUCCAGAACGGAAUUUUUUAUACCAAUUAGGAUACAUGCGCUUUGUUAAGUAAUUAGUAAUAUUUCUUGGUGAGCCUUUACGGAAAUAAAAAAGUAAAAUAUGCCGAAAAUUUUAUUCACCCAGUAUCAAAGUCAAUGAUUAUUAACGAAAUAAAUAAUUUUCACUACUAUUAGAAUGAUUUGUCCGUAACGGAUCUUUAUUCUUGAAUUUCUCCUAUAUUGUACAGGCUAUUGAACUUAUGAGGACUAAUGAUCCCUAAAAAAUUCAAACUGAUAUCUCAAAAGACAAAAGAGGCACUGAAUUCCAUUACACUAAUCAAUCACAAUGAUAGACUUGUCUUACAAGUUUCUAACCUCAACCUUAACAUGUACGCACUUAUAAAUAUGAUUGGGGAAUAUAUUGACGCAUACGUUAAGAAAUUAUCACUAAAAUCUCAGCCAUUACGGACCAUUAGUUCCUGUUUGACAAUAAAAUGAGUGAGUCGCUAGAAAACUUUUUCUGAAAAUACAAAAAAUAGAGUAACGAGAUUAAUUAUUUAUUACAUAAAUGAACACGACUAAUAUUAGUGAUUCUAUGACACGUUUUAAUUCAGAAUUUAAAAUUGUAGAAAAUAGAUAGCUACUUCAAGUUCUCCUUUCAGCGCCAUCACUUGGUUCAUUAGCAGUACUAAACGUACACGAAAACAACAGUUUCCUUUCUGGUUUGGCGGAAUAUUUCAAAUUCUAAAGUCAAAUCUCUCGUCUAGUUAUUUUUCGAAACAAUACAAUCGUUUCUUAGUACAGAGGAUAAACGUCAAAUAUGAUGCAUCAUUUCAUUUUUAAUUAUAAAAAAAAUAAGGCUAGAGAAAGUUUCUUAUUACAUUUGAAAAAAAAUACAAAGAAAAUAUAGAUAAAUACAUGUAUUUCUGUAUCGUAGCUUUGAAGGCCUAUAACUCAAAAACGAGAGGUCGUAUAAGAAAGUUUUCGUGUAUAGAGGUUUGUAACGGAUUUAUAAAACACUCUGUAUAGUUGGAGAUCAUGGAAUUUGAAGAUAUUUACUAUUUAUCUGAAUAAAACUUUUUUAUAUUUGUUAAAUAAUAAAAUAAUCUUGCGUUUGGGAAUGUAUUUAUUUCUAGAAAAUAUUUCGACCUACUUUCAUUUUUUACAAAAUGUAUUGAUACAACUUGUAAUUAUUUUAAUUAAUAAAGGAUCAAGAAAGUGAAGUACAUACUCAAUAAUUUAAUAAUUUCAAGUGUUUACGCACGUAUCUGAUAUGAUAUACUAUGUUGAUAAACAAAAUUAUUUAAGCUUGUUACCGGGUAGUAAUUUUUAUUUAUAGAUGCAUUUCAAUAUCAAAUUAAAAUCGAAAAUGAAACUAAUAGUAGCUUUGUUACUUUUAACCGCCUUUGCUUCUGCAAGAUUGACCAAUGAACAAAAUAUCAUCAUCAAUCCGAUUCCGGGAGGCUUGAGUGGAGUCGGUACCACCACACGUUACUGGGACUGUUGUAAACCAACAUGUGCCUGGCCUGGAAACGUGGAAUACAAGACACCGGUUAAAGCAUGCCAAGCCGAUGGAGUAACUGCCAAUGAUCCCGAAAAUGAAUCUGGAUGCGUUGGUGGUCAAUCAUAUAUAUGCACCGCUCAAAGUGGUUUCGCUAUAAAUUCAUCUUUAGCUUAUGGAUUCGUAGCUGCUCGCUUCCACUGUACUACUAGAAACAUGUGUUGUUCGUGCGUUUUAUUCACGUUUCAACCCGCCGAGUUAGCUGGAAAACAGAUGUUGGUACAAGUUACAAAUACGGGAAACGCACCGGAAACGGAAACUAAUUUAUUCGAUAUAGCCAUGCCUGGAAGUGGAGUGGGAUACUAUACGGAAGGUUGUACAACUCAAUGGAACAGCGACGUGCAUAAUUGGGGUGAUCAGUACGGAGGUGUUAAUAGCGAAGCUGAAUGUUAUAAUCUUCCUCAACCCCUAUGGGAAGGUUGCGCUUUUAGAUUUAAGUGGAUGUUGGGUUAUUCUAAUCCAGAUGUCAGUUUUCAAGAAGUUGAAUGUCCUAAUGAAUUAUUGAGUAUUAGUGGAUGUUCUCCAAUAUCUCAUCCAUAAAUAAUAAUAAUAAUCAAAACAAUAAAUUAAUAUGAAAA